UUUCGCAGCCAUAGAUAUCAUUGCACUAAAUUCUCUCCAUCUUAUUCUCCCAUCCCACAUAACCAAAGAUAAAAUCAUUAAAAAUAUAUCAACCCCAACAACCAUGACAAAAGAUAUCGUUAUCCCACAACUGCAUGCAACAUGAGCACUCAGUCACAACAACACAACAAAAGAGAAUUCAAGGGAGAAGAAGAGGAAGAGGAAGAGGAAGAAGAAGAAAACCAUUUGUUACAUUCAGAAUGCGAGACAAUACCAUUUUCCUCACCCAACACAUCACCCUCAGAGUGGGAACAUGGAAACAAAGAAGAAGAAGAAGAAGAAGAGAAGGACACGGUGUAUGCAGCCAAGGACAAGGUGCAGAUAUUCGACCUGGAGUCUGCCGGUGGUGUAAGGGAAGGGUCCACAGCGGUGCCACCUUUUUCGUGGAGGAAGCUGUGGCUGUUCACCGGGCCGGGGCUGUUGAUGAGCGUGGCGUUUUUGGACCCGGGGAACCUUGAAGGGGACCUUCAGGCUGGAGCCAUUGCAGGGUACACGUUGCUUUGGUUGUUGAUGUGGUCUACCAUCAUGGGGCUGGUGAUACAGCUUCUGUCGGCAAGGCUUGGGGUGGCGACCGGGCGGCACCUGGCGGAGCUGUGCCGGGAGGAGUACUCCAAUUGGGCCAGGUUGGUGCUGUGGAUCUUGGCGGAGCUGGCUCUCAUUGCUGCUGAUAUUCAAGAGGUUAUUGGCAGUGCUAUUGCUCUCAAGAUUCUUAGCCAUGGACUUCUCCCCAUUUGGGCUGGUGUGAUUAUCACAGCCAUGGAUUGUUUCUUCUUUCUAUUUCUCGAGAACUACGGAGUGAGGAAGUUAGAAGGUGUAUUCGCAGUUUUCAUUGGAACUAUGGGCUUUUCUUUUGCGUGGAUGUUCUUCAAUACAAAUCCCAGUGAAGAAGAACUACUGAUGGGCCUUUUGAUCCCAAGAGUUAAUUCGAAAACACUUCGGCAGGCUGUGGAAAUUGUGGGGUGUGUGAUAACCCCCCACAAUGUGUUCCUCCAUUCUGCAUUAGUACAGUCAAGGGACAUUGAUAUCCGUAACAAAGGCCAGGUUCAAGAGGCUAUAAACUACUACUCAAUUGAGUCCUCGGUUGCACUUUUAGUCACAUUGGUGAUCAAUCUAUUUGUGAUAACUGUUUUCGCUAGGGUGUUCUAUGGUACAGAACAGGCCAAAGGCAUAGGAUUGGUAAAUGCAGGGCAGUAUCUUCAGGAGAGGUAUGGAGGAGGGUUGUUUCCAAUUCUCUAUAUAUGGGGUAUUGGUUUGUUAGCAGCUGGACAAAGUAGUACCAUCACAGGCACAUAUGCAGGGCAGUUUAUAACAGAGGGUUUUCUCAAGCUCAAUAUAAAGAAGUGGUUGAGGGCAUUGAUUACAAGAAGUUGUGCAAUUGUUCCAACUAUGAUUUGUGCAAUUGUUUUUAAUACCUCAGAAGGUUCUUUGGAUACCUUGAAUGAAUGGCUUAAUGUGGUCCAAGCAAUACAGAUUCCUUUUGCACUUAUUCCCCUUCUUACUUUGGUGUCCAAAGAGGAGGUAAUGGGGACCUUCAGAAUAGGGCCUAUAGUAGAGAGAGUAGCUUGGAGUGUGGCUGUGCUGGUAAUAUUGGUUUAUGGAUAUAUGUUAUUAGAUUUCUUCCUGGAUGAAGUGGAUGGACUGUUGUUUGGUUUUCUAGUCUUCCUUAGCGCUGCAGCAUGGAUUUCAUUUAUUAUAUAUCUGGUUCAACAUAGUGGUGCCAUUUCUUCAAUCCUGGUGAGGUCCCCUAAUUCCAAAGGCUUUUUCUCUCUUGCUGGUAACUAAGCUUCCAAAUUCAUUUAAUUUUUUGGGGCUAAAGAUGAAAAGAAUGAAUUAUGUUGCCAAUUUUGCAAGAGGGUCGUUGAUAUCGUUUUCCAAAAGGAAGCAUUGUUUCAACAGAACCGUCUCUGAAAUGCAAGUCCAUAUAGUUGAAAGAAAUUAUACUACGGCAACUGAGAACUUACUCUUCAUGCACAAGAUGAAGGUAUCACUAUGGUGAUAUAAGAAACUUUUACUAAUUAAGCUCUGCAAGAUUCUUUUGUAUAGAAAUUAGAAUAAACUACUUGAUUGUAAGUUGAAGC